GCGACGAAGUCGAUUGACUUUCGCUUCGGUUCAGUGAUGCAAAAAUAGUUGUUUGCAAGUGUUACAUAUAAAGAAAUGGGUCAAACAGAGAGCUUACAUUCAAAUUCAUCGAUAUCUAAAAAAGUUGAUAAAGAUGGUUCCGAUAGCAUCCAAUUCACAAUAAACGAUGUUCCGCACAUAGUUCAUAGCAAUCAAAAAGCGUAUGUAUCUCUGAACGUGUACAUUCGCGAUGUAGCUAAUCUCAAAGGUACCAAAUCUAUGUGCUUGGAAGGAGGAUGUGGUGCUUGCAUUGUGGCAGCACAAAUCAGAAAUUCAGAUAUUAUUUCAGUAAAUUCUUGUCUAGUUCCGGUAUUGCUCUGCGACGGCUGGAAAAUAACGACUACCGAAGGAUUGGGAAAUAAAAAAUCGGGAUACCAUACUCUGCAAGCCGCCUUGGCUGGGAUGAAUGGAUCGCAGUGUGGCUAUUGUUCGCCGGGUUGGGUAAUGAGCAUGUACAGUGUGAUUCAAAAUAAAAAAAUAAAGAUGGAAGAAGUCGAGAAUUCGUUCGCGAGUAAUAUCUGCAGAUGCACCGGUUACAGACCCAUUUUGGACGCUUUCAAAAGUUUCGCCGUUGAUGCUCCACCAACGUCGAGAAAAAUUCAAGAUAUUGAGGAUAUGUAUAAUGUGAGCGGUUGUAAAAAAUGUACCAAAAAAAUAUGCAAUAACAGUUGUGAAAAAAUGGAAAUUAUUUACCAAUCUAGUUUUCCCAGAUCAUUAGAGUUAAAAUUUCACGAGGUAAUUUUUCAUAAAGUCUUAGAUAUCAAAGAUAUAUUUGAAAUUUUUCAAAAAUACCCUAAAGCGUCGUACAUAUUAAAUGGUGGAAAUACGGGACACGGAGUUUACAGAACAAAAAAUAUUCAAGUAUGCAUCGAUAUUAAUGACGUACAAGAUUUACACAGGGUUGUUAAAGAUGAAAAGGUGUUGACUCUUGGAGCAAAUGUUUCACUUUCUACUGCCAAGUCGACCUUUGAGAAAUUUAUGACCGAUAAAAAUUUUUCGUAUUUGAAACAAAUGGCUGAACAUAUUGAUUUAGUAGCAAGUAUACCAAUAAGAAACAUUGGUACGAUAGGUGGAAAUUUAAUGAUGAAAAAUCAUCAUAACGAAUUCCCAUCGGAUAUUUUUUUAAUAUUUGAAACUGCUGGAGCAAAAAUUCAUAUUCUCGACUCUCCAAGUUUAAAAAACAUCAUUACCUUCGUGGAAUUUUUGAAGUUGAAAAUGCAUAUGAAAUUAAUGUAUAGUAUAGAACUUCCUGCACUUGAUGAACAAUAUCAUUAUAAAUCAUACAAAAUAAUGCCAAGAGCUCAGAAUGCACAUGCAAUUAUAAAUGCAGGAUUUCUGUUCAAGUUAGAUCAUAAUGGUCAAGUUUUGGAAAAGCCUAAUAUACUAUUUGGAGGAAUCAAACCCGAAUUUUUACAUGCAUCCGAAACAGAACAAUUUUUCAUAGGCAAACAUUUGUUCAAUAAUAACGACUUAUCGAAUGGAUUGAAAUUACUGUAUUCAGAGCUAGAACCCGAUUACGUGUUGCCAGAUUAUAAAGCCAAUUUCCGAAAACUUCUGGCAACAUGUCUUUUUUAUAAGUUCGCAUUAUCUAUCAACUCAAAUGCCAUCAACUCAAAAUUAAAAAGUGGUGGUACUUUGUUGCAACGAGGAUUAUCAUCAGGAAGACAAGAUUUUGAUACUGAUCGUAAUAUAUGGCCUGUCAAUCAACCAAUACCAAAAAUAGAAUCCCUUUAUCAAACAUCUGGAGAGGCUGAAUAUAUCAACGAUAUACCGAUAAAAAAUAAUGAAGUUUUUUGUGCAUUAACCCUAGCAGAAGCUCCAGGCAUUUUAGAGCGAAUUGAUUACCAAGAAGCACUGGACAUUAAUGGCGUCAUUGCUUUUUACUGUGCUAAAGAUGUUCCGGGAAAAAAUGCUUACAUUAAUUCGGUCAAUCAAUAUUUCUUCCUUGAAGAGGAUGAACUCCUUUUUGCUGAAAAUGAAGUUUCUUAUGCGGGUCAACCUUACGGCAUGAUUGUUGCAGAAAAUCAAAAUGUAGCUCUUUACGCCGCUUCUUUGGUAAAAAUCGUUUACCCAAAAGGACCAAGACAGAAACCUAUGAUUACAGUUCACGAUGUCAUAGCGAGCAAUGAUAAAACCCGAAUGAAUUGUGCAGUUGAUUGGCCAGCUAAAGAGCCAGCUGGAACAAAUGUUAAGCACACAUUUAAGGGUUUUUACGAAUGUGGAACGCAAUAUCAUUUUACAAUGGAAAGUCAAAGUUGCGUUUGUGAACCCGUCGAAGAUGGCAUAAAUAUUUAUCCAGCUACGCAAUGGAUGGAUUUGAUUCAAGCCAACGUAGCAACAUUACUUAACCUGCCGAUGCACAGUGUGAAUGUGAAAGUUCGUAGACUAGGAGGCUCUUACGGAGCGAAAAUCAGUCGCUCCUCACAAAUCGCUUGUGCUUGCGCCUUGGCUUGCCAUAAGCUGAAUCGACCGGCGCGUAUGGUCUUAACGAUCGAGGAUAACAUGCGUGCCCUCGGAAAGCGUACAUCCUCGUUUAUGGAGUACGAAGUCAGUACCGAUGACAGUGGCAAAAUUCAGCAAAUGGACGUAAAUUACUGGGGCAAUGUCGGGGCUUCUUUCAACGAGAGUCAUUCGAUGCUUACGGCUCAUCAUUUUUACAAUUGCUAUGAUUUUUCUACCUGGUCAAUCAAAGGCUUCGAUGUUAAAACUAACUUGCCAGGCAAUACUUGGUGCCGAGCGCCUGGAUCUACUGAAGGCAUUGCAACAGUGGAACAAAUAAUGGAUAGAAUAGCCAAAAUUACUAAACAAGACCCAAUAAAUGUUAGAAUCAUAAACAUGAAUGAAGAAGAUAAAACUGCUUUAGUGCCGAUGAUCGAAGAGCUCAAAAAGACUUCCGAUUAUGAUAAUCGCGUAGCACUCGUGAAAGAAUAUAAUCAGAAUAAUAGGUGGAAAAAGAAAGGAAUAUCAAUGGUACCUAUGAAAUACCCACUUUGGAUUUUCGGCCAAUAUCACUCUUUAGUAUCGAUUUAUGCAAGAGAUGGAACGGUUUCAAUAACCCACGCUGGAAUUGAAAUGGGUCAAGGAAUCCAUACAAAAGUUGCCCAAGUAGCUGCUCAUAUAUUGGGAAUCGAUUUAAAAAUGAUCAAUGUUAAGCCAUCUAUAAGUUGGACAACACCCAACAGUUUUGUUACCGGUGGCAGUUUGGGUAGCGACACUCUAGGCUAUGCAACACUUAGAGCAUGCAAAAUACUUUUGGAAAGAUUGCAACCCAUUAAAGAUUCUUUAGGUGGUAAACCCAAAUGGGAGGAAUUGAUAAUGGCAGCUCAUAAUAAAAAUGUCGAUCUGUGCGCUUCUUUCAUGUUUAAUGCUGAACAAGAUGUAAAAAACUAUUCGAUAUACGGAGUCACGGUAUCAGAAGUCGAAAUCGAUGUCUUGACUGGCCAACAUGUGAUAAGUCGUGUCGAUAUACUCGAAGAUGCUGGUGUAAGUUUAAGCCCUGAGAUUGAUGUUGGACAAGUUGAGGGGGCAUUCGUAAUGGGCAUAGGGUUCUGGACCAGUGAAGAAUUAAUUUAUGAUCCAGAAACAGGAGGGUUAACUAAUUACAGGACAUGGAAUUAUAAAGUACCAGGGGCGAAGGACAUUCCAGUCGAUUUCCGAGUUUCAUUUCGUCGAAAUGCCCCGAAUCCUCUCGGAGUUUUGAGCUCAAAAACUGCUGGCGAGCCACCUUUGUGCAUGAGCUGCUCUAUUCCGUUGGCUAUACGACAAGCUUUGGACUCGGCUCGAGCUGAUGCUGGAAACAGCGAUACUUGGUAUCAGCUUGACAAUCAACUAAGCACAGAAAAGAUUUUACUCAGCAGUUUAACGAAAGUUGAAGACUUGCAAUUGAAUUGAUCGUAUUGUAUGAAAUAAAUUAAAUUAAUAAUCCUGAAUUAUACGAAACAACACUUACCUUUAUUUCUCAUGAAAAAGAACCAAAAGUUUUUUCAUAGAUGCGGUCUGUAACAAACAUAAUUAUAAUUAAAAAAACUUGA